GUUGAGCCGGUAAUGAGAUAAAUUGUCUAAAAUGUGUGCUAUUCGCGUUGAUCCGUUUUAAAAUUUAGUCAUUACACAGUUGCAAAUAUUUUUCCCUGGUAUAAAACGGAAAAUUCUUUAGUUACGAUUUUAAGAGUGAAAUGUCGAAAUAUACGACAAGUGCUGUGUGCCGGGAAUCAUCUUCGUAUUAUUAUAAUCCUACCUAUCCGAAUAUCGCAACAAUUGCGGAUAUCAAUGGUUUAAGCUAUGCAGACAAGAAAGUACCGGAUGAUAUAUACUCUCCCAUUAAUAAUCUGAAUUUCAUUCCAACUGUGCGAACUAUUAAGAAGAGAAAUACUGCAAAUAAAAAAGAACGAAGGCGUACACAAAGUAUAAACAAUGCAUUUUCCUGCCUCCGUGAUAGAAUUCCCAAUGUUCCUUCAGACACAAAGCUAUCCAAGAUUAAAACCCUUAAGUUGGCAAUAUUAUACAUAAACUACUUGGUAGAAGUAUUGGAUGGUGAUCAGGAUCCCAAAAGUGGAUUUCAGGCAGAAUUAAAGCUGUCAAAUCGUAAGGUCUACAAUGAGAGAAAACAAAGGAAUGAGAGUGCUAGCAUACUAACAAAGGGCCGUACGGGAUGGCCACAAGAUGUUUGGGCAUCAGAGCUUGUUCCUGAACAAAAUUAAAUAUUUUAAAUUUAUUUACUUAAAACAUAAGAAUUAAAAAUACUCCAUGAAUAAAAUUU